CGGCAGCUGCCGCCGCGGCCCCCCGCUCCUCACCCCCGAGGCCGGCCAUGGAGGCGGACGGGGCCGGCGAGCAGAUGAGACCGCUACUCACGCGGGGUCCUGAUGAAGAAGCUGUUGUGGAUCUUGGCAAAACUAGCUCAACUGUGAAUACCAAGUUUGAGAAAGAAGAACUAGAAAGUCAUCGAGCUGUGUAUGUGGGUGUUCAUGUACCAUUUAGUAAAGAGAGUCGUAGGCGUCACAGGCACCGUGGACACAAGCAUCACCACCGGAGGAGAAAAGAUAAAGAAUCAGAUAAAGAGGAUGGACGGGAAUCUCCUUCGUAUGACACACCAUCACAGAGGGUUCAGUUUAUUCUUGGCACUGAAGAUGAUGAUGAGGAACAUAUUCCCCAUGACCUCUUCACAGAAAUGGAUGAGCUGUGCUACAGAGAUGGAGAAGAAUAUGAGUGGAAGGAAACAGCCAGAUGGCUGAAAUUUGAAGAAGAUGUUGAAGAUGGUGGUGACCGAUGGAGUAAACCCUAUGUGGCAACCCUUUCUCUGCACAGUCUCUUUGAACUAAGGAGUUGCAUCCUAAAUGGAACAGUCAUGCUGGAUAUGAGAGCAAGCACUCUAGAUGAAAUAGCAGAUAUGGUAUUAGACAACAUGAUAGCCUCUGGCCAAUUAGAUGAGUCCAUCAGAGAGAAUGUCAGAGAAGCUCUUCUGAAGAGACAUCAUCAUCAGAAUGAGAAAAGAUUCACCAGUCGGAUUCCCCUCGUUCGAUCCUUUGCAGAUAUAGGCAAGAAACAUUCUGACCCUCACUUGCUUGAAAGGAAUGGGGAAGGCCUAUCAGCCUCCCGCCAUUCUUUGCGAACAGGUCUGUCUGCCUCAAACCUUUCCUUGAGAGGGGAAUCGCCUUUAUCUCUUCUUCUCAGUCAUCUUCUUCCUUCUUCAAGAGCUGGAACCCCUGCAGGCUCAAGGUGUACAACCCCAGUGCCCACCCCUCAGAGCAGUCCUCCUUCCAGCCCUGGCUUCAGUCGCCUGACCUCCAGAAGUUCCCAGCAGAGUCAGCUCCAGACCCCAGAACCACUGGCAUCGCCUGUCAGGGACGAUAUUCCCACAGUAGUAAUUCAUCCACCUGAGGAAGACCUAGAGGCUCUGAAAGGCCAGGAGCAGAAGAAGGAGGAGCAUGUUGACUUCACUCCAGGUAUUUUAGCCUCUCCACAGUCUGCACCUGGAAACUUAGAUAAUAGUAAAAGUGGAGAAAUAAAAGGUAAUGGAAGUGGAGGAAGCAGAGAAAAUAGCACUGUUGACUUCAGCAAGGUUGACAUGAAUUUCAUGAGGAAAAUUCCUACAGGAGCAGAGGCAUCCAAUGUUCUAGUGGGAGAAGUAGACUUUUUGGAGAGACCUAUCAUUGCUUUUGUGAGACUGGCUCCUGCUGUUCUCCUGUCAGGGUUGACUGAAGUCCCUGUGCCUACCAGGUUUCUGUUUCUGUUACUGGGCCCAGCAGGGAAGGCUCCACAGUACCAUGAAAUUGGCAGAUCUAUAGCUACUCUCAUGACAGAUGAGAUUUUUCAUGAUGUAGCUUAUAAAGCAAAAGACCGAAAUGACCUCUUGUCUGGAAUUGAUGAAUUUUUAGAUCAAGUAACUGUCCUACCUCCAGGAGAGUGGGAUCCUUCCAUACGAAUAGAGCCACCAAAAAGUGUUCCUUCUCAGGAAAAGAGAAAGAUUCCUGUGUUUCCGAAUGGAUCUGCCCCCAUGUCUUCUGAGACUCCUAAGGAGGCAGCUCAUCACGCUGGGCCUGAGCUUCAGAGAACUGGACGGCUUUUUGGUGGUUUGAUACUUGACAUCAAAAGGAAAGCACCCUUUUUCUUGAGUGACUUCAAGGAUGCAUUAAGCCUGCAGUGCCUGGCCUCGAUUCUUUUCCUAUACUGUGCCUGUAUGUCUCCUGUAAUCACUUUUGGAGGGCUGCUUGGAGAAGCUACAGGAGGCAACAUAAGUGCAAUCGAGUCUCUUUUUGGAGCAUCAUUAACUGGGAUUGCCUAUUCAUUGUUUGCUGGGCAGCCUCUAACAAUACUGGGGAGCACAGGUCCAGUGCUAGUGUUUGAAAAAAUUUUAUUUAAAUUUUGUAGAGAUUAUCAACUUUCCUAUCUAUCAUUAAGAACUAGUAUUGGUCUGUGGACUGCUUUCUUGUGCAUUGUCUUGGUUGCCACAGAUGCAAGCAGCCUUGUGUGUUAUAUCACUCGGUUCACAGAAGAGGCUUUUGCGGCUCUCAUUUGUAUCAUAUUUAUCUACGAAGCUUUGGAAAAGCUCUUUCAUUUAGGAGAAAUAUAUGCAUUUAAUAUGCACAACAACCUAGAUACACUGACCAGCUACUCAUGUGUAUGUGCUGAGCCUUUUAAUGCUAGCAAUGACACUGUAGAGCUGUGGAAGAGAGAGAACAUGACAGCACAUGAUGUUUCCUGGGGAAACCUCACUGUUUCAAAGUGUAAAGCCUACCAUGGUGUGUUCGUAGGAUCAGCUUGCGGUCCUCAUGGACCUUACAUUCCAGAUGUUUUCUUCUGGUGUGUCAUCUUGUUUUUCACAACAUUUUUUCUGUCUUCAUUCCUCAAGCAAUUUAAGACCAAGCGUUAUUUUCCUACCAAGGUGCGGUCGACAAUCAGUGAUUUUGCUGUGUUUCUCACAAUAGUAAUAAUGGUUGCUAUUGACUACCUUGUAGGAGUUCCAUCUCCUAAACUUCAGGUUCCUGAAAAUUUUAAGCCUACUAGUCCAAAUAGGGGCUGGAUCAUAAGCCCUUUGGAAACGAAUCCUUGGUGGACCUUAUUGAUCGCUGCUAUUCCAGCUCUGCUUUGUACCAUUCUCAUUUUUAUGGAUCAACAAAUUACAGCUGUAAUCAUAAACAGAAAGGAACACAAGUUGAAGAAAGGAGCCGGCUAUCACCUUGACUUGCUCAUGGUUGGUAUCAUGCUGGGAGUAUGCUCUAUCAUGGGCCUGCCUUGGUUCGUGGCUGCCACAGUGUUAUCCAUAAGUCACGUCAACAGCUUAAAAGUUGAAUCCGAAUGUUCUGCUCCAGGGGAACAGCCCAAGUUUUUAGGAAUUCGUGAGCAGCGAGUUACUGGGCUAAUGAUUUUUGUCCUCAUGGGCCUUUCUGUGUUUAUGACUUCAGUACUAAAGCUUAUCCCAAUGCCAGUCCUAUAUGGUGUAUUCCUUUAUAUGGGAGUUUCAUCAUUAAAGGGAAUCCAGUUUUUUGACCGAAUAAAGUUAUUUGGAAUGCCUGCCAAGCACCAGCCUGACCUCAUCUACCUCCGCUACGUGCCUCUGUGGAAGGUCCACGUAUUCACUGUGGUCCAGCUGACCUGCUUGGUCCUGCUGUGGGUGAUCAAAGCCUCUGCUGCUGCAGUAGUUUUUCCCAUGAUGGUUCUUGCAUUAGUCUUUAUACGUAAGCUCAUGGACCUAUGUUUCACAAAGAGAGAGCUUAGUUGGCUUGAUGAUCUCAUGCCCGAAAGUAAAAAAAAGAAAGAAGACGAUAAAAAGAAAAAAGAGAAAGAGGAAGCUGAGCGGAUGCUCCAGGACGACGGUGAUACUGUGCACCUUCCAUUUGAAGGAGGGAGUCUCUUACAAAUUCCAGUUAAGGCCCUAAAAUAUAGUAUUGACCCUUCAGUUGUUAACAUAUCAGAUGAAAUGGCCAAAACUGCACAAUGGAAGGCACUGUCCAUGAAUACUGAGAAUGCCAAAGUAACCAGAUCUAACACGAGUCCUGAAAAGCCUAUGAGUGUGACAAUAAAUUUUGAAGAUGAGUCAUCAAAGAAAUACAUGGAUGCUGAGACGUCGCUGUAGAAUUGAUCCAAGAGGAAUUAUAUAUAGAUAUCUGCCUAUAUCUUUAUAUGUUUUGUGUGUGUGUGUGUGUGUGUGUGUGUGUUUGUGUGUGUGUGUGGGUGGGUGUGUGUGUGUGUGAGAUAUCACUAAGUGUAACAAUAUGGGAUGUCAUGCUAUUUAUGCAUGAUUACCUGGUUCUUUACAGUACAUUUGAAGUUUGUUAUGAGCACCAUGGAGACUGUAUGUUAAUGAACUGGUCUCUUAGAAGUGAGGUACAUGAUUCUUAGUAUUCAAAUAUUUAUUCUGUUGGGGGGGGGAACAUUUCUGUUCUGCAAUAGAAAAAAUGUGGAGAACUGUAUUCAGUCUGUUUUUCUUAAGUCUCUGUUCACUGGUGGCAAUCAUAUCAACCUUAAAAGAUACAUACCUACUCUCUAUAUUUAUAAUUUUUACUUGAGUUUCUAAAUAUUUUCAUGUUCACUUUUGUUAGUGUUUUAUAGGUAGAACAAGAAGUCCAUCAAUGUCCUUGGAAAAUGAUUUGUCCUGCCUCAUUGUGUGGGCUGCUUCAUUGUGGAUGCUUCACAAAUGACGGCGUUUCAUGGCCAUAGAUGUGGUUGUAAAGCAACAGAAACUUCUAUCUUUGUGUUUUAGGAUUUUUUUUUAAUCUUAAAAUUUCCUUGUCUUAGUUUCAUUGUGAUGGCAAGUAAAAAAAUUUGUGAGUAUAUAAUUUAGCACCAAAAAAAUUCAUAAUGUUACAGAUUUAGUUUUUAUUAGUCAAAUUUUGUUACCUUUGUAGAAAUUAUUUUUAAGUACUCACAUCACUUUAUUCUUUGCCAUUGUUCUUUUUACUUAUUCAGUUUGUAUCAGGUUAAAGUUCUUGAUUAUUUUUCUAUUGCAAGUAGUAUGACUAAAUAAUCAGGAGUCAGAAUUCUCUCUGAUGGGUUUGUGAUCAGUGUUACUUUAUUAAGAGUUACCUUCUACUUUCUGUUGCUAUUCUGUUGUAUGCAAUGUAUUUAAUAGAUUAUAACUCACAAUUUCAUUUUAAAUAUUUUAUUUAUUUUAGUUUAUAUGUUGCCUAAAUAUUAUACAAACAUUUGAGAUGAUAGCAAAUAUUGUUAACAUAGAUAUUUGGUGCUCACUUGCAUUUCUGUUUAUUUUCUACAAGCAGUUGACAGACUACACCUUUGAUAUAAAGCCCUGCUAUAUUUGUAUUUUAAAAUGAAUUAAACAUUUGUUUGUAGUUCAGAUUGAUGGCAUUUUUCCUGUUCUGUGUUAGCAUUUGGUUUUCAGUAUUUCUGAGAUGCCUUUUUAACUCGAAUACAUGGUUUUGGUCCUUUAUAUACUCUAAGCUCCCCACAGAAUAAACAAAACUAUUCUAGUUAAGCCUGUAGGACCUGAUGAGUAGGGUUGAAGUACUGAUUUGGUGAGAGAAUAGUUUGCAGACACCAUGUAAAUACUGAAAAGCCACAGAAAUACUGAAGCUGGCAUGAAUAUUAGGGUGGAGAUUUUGAAAAAAUUCUAAUGCUCUUUAAUCAUUUAAAAUUAAAAUAUAAAAGCAUGAAAAAUGCCAAAAAACUGAUACUUGCAUUUUUGUAGUGCUUUUAAUCCAUUCUAAAUUACAUAGCAAUUAGUAUCAUUCCCUCAUCUAAGACAAUUCUAGUGCAAAUAAUAGAUUCAUUUUUCACCUGAUAACAGAUUAAAAAUGUCAGUGGCAUCAUGGUACUGCCUGGGGAGCUAAUGGAUUCUCUGAUGUCUGAGGGGAGCAUUGCCCCUGGUGCUUGAGGAUUCCAUUGAAUGGUUCCUCUUUACUCAGCAGUGAGCUCAGUCAUUUCCAAAGUCCACACAGUAUUUGCUGCUAUAUUGUUCCCCCCCCCCAUACUGAAACAAGAGAAUCUCCUCAUAUUAUUUCCUUGUGUCUGGAUUAUUAAAGGGUUAUUUUACAAGAAGUAAUUUUAAAUUUUAAACUGAAAACUACCUGGUAUCAUUGUGUUUCUGUGAUUUUAUUUCAUUAUGUAUAGCAAUUUUCCUGUGCCAGAAAAAAAAUGACUUACAAAAUACUUUGCAUUCAAAAUGUUUUGCUGAGUUUCUGAUUAUUAAUGGCUUCUGCUUUCUUUUGAUUACUUGACUUUCCAAAUGAUCUGAUAAGACUACUCUAAGAACAGAGAGAUCACUGAUGCUUAGGUAAUUAAGUGCUUCUUUUAAGUUUUAAGCUUCCAUUAGUUUUGAAAAUAAGUCAUAGGUAACAUUGCAAGACAGCAAGAGAUAUAAAUUAUUAUACAUUGAUUUCUAAUGCUGCCUUAAAUAGGUAUCUAGGAGCAGUAGUAAUUUGUAUAAUUUACCUCAAGGUGCAAAAUAAUCAAACCUGUACAUAUCUAUUUUCAAAAGAAAUUCGGAUCAACAGUUCUGCACUUUCUUAGAUGCCUUGAUUUUCAGAAUGGAGCUUAGUGCUACUGAAUACCCUGGUCACAGAGCCACCUCAGGAUGUUCUUCCUCCACCUGUUAUAUUUAUUUAUAGUGUGUGUUUACAAAGACUAUAAUAAACCCUGAUGUUGACCCUUUGAAAUUUACUUUCUUUUGAUUGUUAUUUCAACCUAAAAUAGGAGAUUUUGAGAAAACUGAAAAAUGAAUUAGCUUCCAGAUGCUAAAAUAAUGAUUCUAUAUAUUUUUAAUAGUAUUAGAUAGGCAGAAUUGAAGCACACAAUUUUUUUAAACGUAUGUAUUCAUGUAUGUAUGUGUGACAUAAUCAGUAAGCUUUUUAAGCUUGUGGCAUACCAAUGUUCUUAUUUGCCAAGUCUUCAAAACACAUAGGAUAAAACAUUGUAUGUGCUAAUGCAUGUAUUCAUAAAGGAUUUGUUUACUUUCCAAAAUACUAACUCUUGGUUUCUCCAGUUAAAAAUAAUGUUUGUAUCUGAGUACACACUUUCUAACUUUCCUUUCACAAAGGCAGGUUCAGAAUUCUGCAAAAAGAAAAUUAGUCUCUUGACAGUGAGGAACAAGAGCUUGCUGUGUAGACGGUUUCAUCAACAUGUGAAUCCUGCUGAUAAAGUGAUUGGAUAUGUAAGCCAUUGACAUACUUGUCAUUCAAAACUGUUUAUAUUAAAUAACUUAAUGUGUGAAAUUUAUUUAUAGAGAUCCCAUUGUUAUAUGUAAUACAAAUAUGUGAAAUAUCUUCAUUUAUUCCAAUAAUUAUUUAUUUUUAGAAAGUGAAGACUAACUGAAUUCAAGUUUUAAUAUAGUGUUCAAAUUGCAAGAUUUGAUCAUUUUAAUGUCAGGGCUCUUCUAAAACUUUUCUGAAAGUAAAUUGUCAACUAUAGAAAGUGGAAUCAUGUAAAGAUUAUUUCACAGUUUUACUGUGUAGGUAUAAUCAGGCCCUAGCUCUACUGUUUUCAAUUACAUUUCUGCACAUUGAUUUGUGUUUGUGUGCUGUGGCUUUCUUUUGUUACUUUACUGUUAAAGAUCUUUGUCUCUGCAGUGGGGUGGGUGUCUUCCAGUGUUUACUGUAUUUAAAUAAAUAAAAGAAUUUUGUUCGUUUAUGUAAUAUUUGAUACUUUGGUAUAAUUUCACAGUACGGUUACAGUUUUUAUGACUUUUAUAAUUGCAAUAUUUUCUUUUGUAAUAAAAUCCAAAGUAAAUUAAACUGUAGAACAGAUAUUUUUCAUUUAUAUGAAGUACAAGUCUACACAAGUCUAUAAUGUGAACAAUCCUGCCUUUCAGAUUUGUUUCAUAAUUGUUAGGAGAAAACUAUUUUUUGUAGAUGUCCUUGAAGUUGAGAGAGCAAUAAAAAGUCUACACAA